AUGUCUUCUUCUUCGGCGUAUUUCUUGGAAAAGAAGACGACAAAGAAAACACCCACAGAGGAGGCGUUUGAAGAGGAGGAACACGAGAAAAACGGGAAAAACAUUAGAUUUUAUAACGAUUCGCGGACGAGGAGGACGAGAGAAACGUCUUCGUCUUUGAAUUCGUCUUCUUCUGAAAACGCGAAGGAUUUCCCUCGCGUGAGAGAGAUUUUGUGGGACGCGGAGACGACGACGAAGGAGAAGGAAACGACGACGACAGUGGUUUGGUCCAGCGACGUCGGGCCGACGAUAUUUCAGUUCGUGGACGACGACUUUGACUCGUUGGCGGGAAAGAUACUCGAAAAAUUAAAAUCAAAAUCGGUUUCGCACCAUCAUCUCUACGCGAGAUGCGAUUUUAGCAGCAGCGAGGGCAACAACAACAACAACACGAUGUAUAGCAGUAACAGUAAUAGCAACGAUAGCUUUGGGAUAGUGACGAUUAGUAGCAGUAGUGGCGUCAAAAGCAACAAAACAGGCGAAAGAAACAAACGCGGAUUUAGUCAUUGUAGUAGCGAGAGACGCGUACCGCUGGACGUCUCGUUCCGCCGCGGCGGAGGAAGUCAAGAAGGGAAAAAGCGAUGCGAGAGAAUGGCAUCGCGAUUGGCGUGGGGGAAGAGUUUUACGAGCGUGAGAGAGUCGUUUUACGCGACGUGCGAUGCGAUGCCUUUAACGACGACGAAGAGUAUCGUCGUCGACGCCGAGGAGAAGGAGGAGGAAGAAGAAGAAGAAGAGAUGGACAAAGAUAAAGAUGAAGACGAGCCGUUGACGCCUCUGGACAUGUGGCCGAUGCGAAUAGGAGCCGUCGUUGAACGGUACGACGGUGUGAAAACGAAGCGAAACUCGCCGCCUGCGUGGAAAGUACAUCUCACCGUAGCCUUGGAGAUGCCUUCGUGCGCUUUCCGGUUUGCGCCGAUUCGGCCGUUGAGGGUCUCCAGAGAAUUUUCAUCAUCCUCUCGAGUUAUUUCCGCGUUAUUCGAUGACGACCACUUUUUGAAUGGUUACAACGGUAGAAGGACGAGGGAAAGUUCUCUUUCUUCAUCUUCGACGACGAGGACGAAAAUGACGACAGGAUUUCUCACGCUCGAUCGAGCUCGCCGGUUGUGCUUUCUCAAAACAAACUCAUCGAGAGUGCAUAAUUGUGAAACGCCUUUGGUUGGUGUUUGGAUACAUCGUCUCGAUGAUGAUGCUCGCGAUAGUCUUGCAUUUUUACAAUCGAGCGAAGUGUGGGCGGCGUGUUUGCGCUACGCCUCGAAUUCUGUUUUGAGGAAAGUAUCUCAAAACGGCAGUUUUCUAGUCUGCGUUGUGAGCGGCAAAAGAAAAGAUGACGACGGAGAUUAUGACAAAAAGAAUGCCUCCGCGGCGAUGCCGCGACUCGAGUGCUACGAUUGCGUCGCCACGCAAGGAAAAGAACCUUUCGUGCCGCAUCAAGUUGACGUCACUUUAAAUACAAAUGCCGACGAUUCCAACGAUUCAGCGGAUGCGUUUGUUCUCGGCGCGGUGAAAGAAAUCAAUCGCGCCUCGAUCGCCUUUAAUUUUGAUCGCAACAACAACGGCAUUGGCAAAGAGAACAGAGGAAAGGGGGAGAACGAUGAAGGCGACGACGACGACGACGACGACGAAAACCACGAAAUCGAUGAUAUUAUUGGGUACAAGAAUUUCGGCAGCGCAACUUUCCCGCGUCCAAAAUCUGAGGAUACAAAAAAUAUGUCAGAAGCAGAAAGAGAAGUUGUAGCUUUAGAAAAGAUGCUUCAAAAUCGACAUCGUCGCGAUGAGGAAUUCAAUAAUAAGAGCUCUCCAGUGAGAGGUACCUCCGUAUCGACUGGAAAUCUCUCGCCUCGCUCCUUGGCGGCUGAUUUGGUGAAACGCGCCGAGCGUUCGUUUGCGAAUAACCGAAGAAGAGUUAAUAAACAAACGUCGAUGCAAAAGGGUGCAAGAAAAGAUGGCCACAAGCCGUCGAGCGUAUUUGUCGAUAAAGUUUUGCGCGAACGUCUUCGCCUCGUUCGUUUCGUCGUCGAAGAUCAACUCGAAGAAAGCUUCGUCGAGGAAGAAGACCGCGGACGAGGAAGAGGAGUUGAUGCCUACUCAGAGGAGGAGGAGAUGGCAACUGGAAUCAUCAAUACUACUAUUUUUAGAAGUAACGAUCACCAUCAACGAGAAAACAAGAGCGGCCCCGGCGAUGAUGGUGACUAUAACGACUAUCAUAACGACGAUUCAGACGACGCCGACGCGCACAUUCUUCGCAAAUACACUUCUUAG